AUGCUGCAAGACACGGAUGUUCUCCGGCGUCUACUAGACGAGCCUUGAAAUUGUCAGCCUACGUGUCACAACAAUAGCAAGUGCUUUGCCGAAUGUGAUUCGAGAUGCAGAAUUAACGCUGCUGUGCCGCAGCGGCGCAGAUACGCGCCAGCCCUACAGCAUCAAUCUAUCAUCGAAUCACGCCUCACGCAACUUUGCUGUAAAGGAUCGGAGCGAUCAUGAAUGAUGAAGGGCGGUGUUCCUCAUCCUUUUGAGCUCAGGUGCUCUGUCAAAGUUACGACGUCGAAUUCCGAGCGGAAAUAUGAACUUUAAGCAUAUCCCAUAUAUCGCUCUUGAACGAACUACGACACGGAAACCGAGAUCUGUGUUUUUUAUUUGUUUCGGGAGUGCUGUUCUUUUGAUUGCAGCUUAUCGAUUUUAUACUUCGAGUGUCCAUCCCAGCGCAGCUGCCCAGUCCCAAUCGUCAACAUUUCCAGCAACACCAGCCUGUGAGAUAUGGCCAGGCUGGCGCCCCACUAUACCCAGUAGUUUUCCCGCUGAUGAUACGAUAUUAUCCUCCUUGCGCUUAGGAGCCACUGAGGUGAUGUCGGGGAUUUCAGAGCGAGGCUGCACACCUGCGAAAGAACGUCUGGGACCAUUUGGUCACUCGAGCGGCGAUACCCAACCAGAUCAUCCACCCUGGAGCGAGGUCACGUGGGGAGCGCUUCAAAGUGACUGUGCAACCAAGCAUUAUGGUUCACAACAUGCUGAUCGAGCCAUACCACGGAGAAGGCUGACACGCUUUGCACACGAGACCGCCAACGGAUCGGAUCGAUAUCCGCAAGUUGAUGCGACGACUGGCCGAACCGCGAUUGUUCUACGUGUUUGGGAUGCCUACGAAUACUCAGACAACCAACUCGCGUGGUUGCGCGCCAUGAUCACCGAGCUCUCCCUGGACACCAGGGGUCGCUUUCAAGUCUUCAUCCUUGUUAAUGUCAAGGACAACUCGAUCGAUUUGUUCGAAGAAGCUAAAUAUCAGGAGGUUUGGGAGCGAAGUGUACCACCGGAGUUUCAGGACACGGCAUUGCUCUACAAUGAGGCCAUCCUUCGCGAAUGGUACCCCAAAGUUGGCGAAUACGGUGCUCAAGAUCAGAUGUACCAGGCCUUGCAGAUCUUUAGCCAGACGUUUCCCGAGUUUGACUUCGUAUGGCAGUUGGAGAUGGAUGUGAGACUCACAGGUAAUGUCGCAAGGAUGUUGUCCAAUGCUGGCGAUUGGGCUCGCGAGCAGCCAAGAAAGAACCUUUGGGAGCGCAACGGUCGCUGGUUCAUACCCGGUCUAUGGAGAGAUUAUGCCUCUUUCUCUGCAGAUGUGGACGAAGAAUUCGGAAACCACGAAGGUAUUUGGGGACCCCAUCCAUACGCCAAGUUCUAUCUAAACCCGCAGGGCCCUCGACCACCAGUCAAAAGGGACAGCACGUGGGGCAUUGGCGAAGAAGCCGAACUGAUCACUCUAUCCCCACUCAUCGACCCAGUCAAUACAAAAUGGACGUAUGAAAACACAGUCCACGGCUUCGAACCGGCACUGAACCUUCCUCGUCGCAUGGCCAUCGUCAGCAUGACACGCACAUCCCGUCGCCUCCUCCGAUUGAUCUCGUCGGAACAACAAUCCACCGGCUCCUGGGUCGUCAGCGAAUCAACACCAGAGACCUGGUCUCUACUACACGGUCUAAAAGCUGUCUACGUACCCCACCUCAUCGCCUUCAACUUUAAACCUCAGAAUGCCAGCCUCGAAGCUUCUGGCAAAGAGUUAGAUAAGAUGCUGCACAAAGGACCACGAUGGAAUCUUGCUGGGGGCGAACACGCUGGGCUGUUAUGGUGUAAUGAUGUAGGGUUGUCGGAGCAGAGAUGGUUGGGUGCGAGUUAUUUCUAUUGGAAGGGCGAUGCGCCGAGGAUUUGGUGGGAGUAUACUAAUGGGACUUGUACCUAUCCUUUGGUAUUGCACCCUGUCAAGCAAGAUUAAUGAUGCGAAGGGAUAACGAGGGGAUGGGAGGUAGGGAUGAGAAUUUGGCAACCAUGUUUUAAAACCAUUCGCAGAUCAUGUUCAUGCCAAAUUUAAAAGACGUGCGGUA